UCCCGCCUUCGGCUUGGGGUCCACCUCCCGGCCUUUCUUCCGCCGAGAGUCAAAGUGUCGGCAUGCUGCCGUAAAGCAGGUCGCGGGUUGCCGCGUCACCGAAGAUGGCGGCUGCGGCGGUGAACGGUGCGAGUGGUGUCCCGAGCUCCGGGCCCGCGGCCCCGUCGGGCGCAGUCCUCCAGGCCGCAGCUGGCAUGUACGAGGAACUCAAAGGCGAGUGGAACCGUAAAAGCCCGAAUCUUAGCAAGUGCGGAGAAGAACUGGGUCGCCUCAAGCUGGUUCUGCUAGAGCUCAACUUCCUGCCAACCACAGGGACCAAGCUAACCAAACAACAGCUUAUUCUGGCCCGGGACAUCCUGGAGAUCGGGGCCCAGUGGAGUAUCCUAUGCAAGGACAUCCCCUCUUUUGAGCGCUACAUGGCUCAGCUCAAAUGCUACUACUUUGAUUACAAGGAGCAGCUCCCUGAGUCUGCUUAUAUGCACCAGCUUCUGGGCCUCAACCUGCUCUUUCUGCUGUCUCAGAAUCGUGUGGCUGAGUUCCACACAGAGUUGGAGCGUCUGCCUGCCAAGGACAUCCAGACCAAUGUCUACAUCAAGCACCCUGUGUCCCUUGAGCAAGUGAGGCUGGGCAGGGAAAGGGAGGCCCUGCUGAGGUGGGUACAGUACUUGAUGGAGGGGAGCUAUAACAAGGUGUUCCUGGCCAAGGGAAAUAUCCCUGCUGACAGCUACACCUUCUUCAUCGACAUCCUCCUGGAUACUAUCAGGGAUGAGAUUGCAGGAUGCAUUGAGAAGGCUUAUGAGAAAAUCGUUUUCACUGAGGCCACCCGGAUCCUCUUCUUUAAUACACCCAAAAAGAUGACGGACUAUGCCAAGAAGAGAGGAUGGGUCCUGGGCCCGAACAACUACUACAGCUUUGCCAGCCAGCAGCAGAAGCCAGAAGACACUACCAUCCCUUCCACUGAACUGGCCAAACAGGUCAUUGAAUAUGCCCGGCAACUGGAGAUGAUCGUCUGAGCUUUGGCUGGGGUGGAUGGGCAGGGCCAGUCCCAAGCGUCCCAGUGCCGGCUGGCCUCCAAUAAAAGUGGAUAAACCUCUC